AUGGUUUCACAAAAGCGGGCCUUGGAAGAUUCAUCGACAUCACACAAGGCGAAGAAACGCAAAAAUGAAGACAGCGUAAAGCCAAAGGAAAAUCUGCAACCCGCCCAACCCACGAGCUCCCUCCUCAAUGCGGACGAGAUUGACUUUCCAAGAGGCGGGGGGUCGUCGCUGACCGCUUUGGAAGUAAAGACUAUCCGUGCGGAGGCUGCCAAAGAGGCAGAUGCUGAGCUAUUCAAGGAAUCGGCAAAGCCCUCCAAGAAACGCAAAAAGACUACUGAGAAGUCCACGUCCAAGGAGGGAAAAAAGGACAAAAUUCGGAUAGAGCACCUGAACUACAAGCGCCUGAACCCUGGGAUGAAGAUUAUGGGUCAAAUUGUUGGGAUCCUCCCAUUGACCUUGCUUGUAUCUCUUCCAAAUCAACUAUUGGGUCAUAUACCUAUCACCAACAUCUCUCGCGAAUACACGCAGCAGCUUGAGCGAAUGGACGAAGAUGAAGAUAUGGAGGAUUCAGACUCAGAUGGGGAAGAAGACAGGCCCCGACAGACGACACCAGACCUCGGCCAAAUGUUCGCUAUCGGGCAGUAUGUUAGGGCAGUGGUUACGGCGACCUUCCAGGGCGGCGCAAGUGACCCGUCAGGGCUGUACAGGUCGCGGGACGAGUUGGCAAAGUUGUGUAAACGGGUGGAACUAUCGCUUUCGCCUGACCUAGUGAACGAGGGAGUGCGAGUCGAUGAUUUGAAGUCUGGAUUCACUUUGACAGCUGCGGUGAAAAGUGUUGAAGACCAUGGUUACAUCCUAGACCUAGGUAUCCCGAAUGCCGAUGGAUUCCUGUCCUUCAAGGAUGCCAAGGAAGUCGAGGGCAGCUCCAAGCUCGCUGUAGGACAACUCUGCAACGUCACAGUAUCGAAGCUCGCUGCGAACAAGAGGACGUGCACUGUUACCGCUUCGCCUUCAACGUUCACAUCAUCUGCGAUUACGGAAGUCUCCUCCGUUACCUCUAUCAUUCCUGGGUCCUUGGUUCAAGCACUUGUGACCGAUGUCGGCGCCGACGGUGUUAUCCUGCAAAUUCUCGGCUUCUUCGAAGGCUCUGUUGAUCGCAUUCACCUGAGGAGAAGCGGGCCGCCAAAAAUUGGUCAGAAGGUCAAGGGAAGGGUGUUAUACCAAUAUUCGACAGAGCCACCUCGGCUCGCGGUAGCGCUCGCCGAGCACAUUGUCGGCCUCGCCAAUGUUCAGUUAUCGGAUGAAAACCCUGCCUCGACGCAGCGCCUUGAAGAAGCCUAUCCAUUUGGCCAUAUACUGGACUCUGUCAAGGUGGUCAAGGUUGAACCUGAGCGAGGUCUUUUCCUGGAAGUUGCUCCAGGGCAGGAAGGGUUUGCACAUAUUUCACACAUCUCCGACGACCAUCUUCCCAGCGUGUCUCCCACCGGGCCAUGGAAAGUAAAUACCUUGCACAGGGCACGUGUGACGGGAUACCAUUCUUUCGACGGCCUAUUACAACUGUCUUUGAAACCUUCAAUUUUCGAACAAAAAUUCUUGCAACUGGAGGACUUCAAACCCGGCGAGAUUGUCAAGGGCACAAUCAAGAGCGUCUCGGAUUCGGCAAUCUUCGUUUCUCUAUCCGGCAACAUUGACGGUGUCAUCUGGCCCAAUCACUUUGCGGACAUCAGAUUGAAGCACCCCACUCGACGAUUCAAACCCGGUAAUCCUAUCAAAUGCAAAGUGUUAGUUGUCGACUCGGACCGCAAACGUAUAUCCUUGACCGCGAAGAAAACACUACUUGAAUCUGAUCUACCGAUUGUCUCCAAUGUUGGGGAUGUAAAGGUCGGAACUGUCACGCAUGGUGUCAUCUUCAAAGUACUCGAAAAGCACCUGAUGGUCGAAUUCUUCAACAAUCUAAAGGCCUCUGUGUCCGCUAAAGAAGCGAGCGAGUCGCACACUGUCAAGCUUGCUGAUGCAUUCUCGGUUGGAAGAGCUGUCCGUGUUAGGAUACAAUCCGUUGACCGGGAGCAAGGUCGUAUCACUGCGAGCAUCCGGCAAGCAGCCGUGAGCCAGACGCCCGUGGUGGAUGUCAACGUCGUUGAAGAAGGAGAGGCCGUAGGGGGAACUAUCGCGGAAGUUCAUGCUGAACACAUCGUUAUCACAUUGCAACCCACUAAAGUUCGCGCUCUUCUGACCGUCAAGAGUCUAGCCAGCCACCGAAACAUCUCUCCUGCCCAAGUUCACAAACUGGUCAAGCCGGGCGAUUCCAUUGAGGACUUGAUCGUGGCCACGAAGAAUCCAGAGAAAGGCAUCGUCAUCGUCACCACGAAACCCAAACCCAAGGCUGCUGCACCGCUGAAAGGACAGGUGUCACUGGAGACUGUCGCGGUUGGACAGCAAGUAGGCGGUCGUGUUCUUCGACAUACCAAACAGGGCGCCCUGGUUAAGAUCACUUCCAAAAUCAGUGGCAUUCUCCACCCUACCGAUACUGCUGACGAUUACGACGUCGACAAGGCCUUCCCUCCUGUGGACUCGUUGAUUACCGCUUCGGUGGUGCGCGUUGACAAGGACAAGCAGCAGCUUACUCUCUCCACUCGUGAAUCUCGACUCUUGCCGAAUAAGAGUCACGAUGUCACUGACCGGGAGAUAAGCGAGCUCUCGGACCUCCAAGUCGGGGAUACCGUCCGCGGUUUCGUCAAGAACAUUGCAAACCAGGGCCUGUUCGUUACCAUUGGCAGAGGCAUUGACGCUCGUGUUCAGAUCCGCGAACUCUUCGACGAGUAUGUCAAAGACUGGAAACCUCGGUUCAAAGAACGACAGCUGGUCAAAGGCAGAGUUCUGAGCAUCGACGUCGAUAACAACCAAGUGGAGCUAACCUUCAAAUCUGGCGACCUAUCUCGAGAGAAGAAGUCUCUCAAAGACACCGUCAAAGAGGGCCAAAAGAUUAGCGGUGUCAUCAAGCGAAUUGAGCACUAUGGGCUGUUCAUCGAAAUCAAGGGAACAAAGCUGACUGGCCUCUGCCACAAGACUCAGCUCUCUGAUAAUCCGGACGCCGAUGUCGCAGAAGCUCUGCGCCAAUUCAGAGUCGGAGACCUUGUGAAAGCUGCUGUCAUCGCGUCAGAGAAGGGCCGCAUUUCCUUGAGCUUGAAACCUUCCCUCUUUGGUGAAGGCGACUUCGAAGAGGACGAAGAGGAGGACGGCUCCCAAGCUGAGGCCCCGGAGUCGUUUGGAGUCAUCACUGACGAUGAAUCUGAAGGUGAAGAAGAGGGAGAACAUCAAGAAGGGCCUAGUGAUAAGGAUGAGGCAUCCGACAGUGACGACGACGCAAUGCAAGUCGAUUUGGAUGACACCUCUUUGGCCAUGCCAACUCCAUCGGCAACAAAACCUUCGCAAUCCCAACAGCCCUCGACAUCCGCUCCAUCACUGACUCUAUCAGGUGGAUUCCAGUGGUUCGACCAGAAUCAAGAAUCGGGGGAUGAGAGCGAGGCCGACGAAUCUUCUGACGAUGAGCAUGAAGAUGGGUCGAAGAAAAGGAGGAAGAAGAGGAAAAAAGAGAUUCAGCAAGACCUCACGGCCGACAUGCACACCAAGUUGCCGGACUCCAACUCUGAUUUCGAACGUCUUCUCCUUGGCUCACCGAACUUCUCUUACCUCUGGAUCCAGUACAUGUCUUUCCAACUCCAGAUCUCCGAAGUCGACAAGGCACGAGAAAUCGCCAAGAGAGCAAUUCAGACCAUCAACUUCCGCGAAGAACAAGAGCGCCUCAACGUUUGGAUUGCACUUCUCAACUUGGAGAAUGUGUACGGAACGGAGGAGUCGUUGGAGGCCACUUUCAAGGAUGCAGCAAGAGCGAAUGAUUCGAAGACUAUUCAUCUUCGUCUGGCAGCCAUUUUUGACCAAUCCGGCAAGCCCGAGAAAGCGGAACAACAAUUCCAGCGUACUUGCAAGAAAUUCGGCAAGAGUUGCAAGGUCUGGACCCUGUUCAGCGAGCACUACCUAAAACUUGGGAAGUUGGAGGAGUCGAGAAAGUUACUGCCUCGCAGUCUACAAAGUCUCGAAAAGCGAAAGCACCUCAAGACUAUCUCUAGGUUCGCUCAGUUGGAAUACAAGCUAGGCGAGCCUGAGCGCGGCCGAACCCUAUUCGAAGGAAUCGUCGAUUCUCAUCCAAAGCGGUGGGACCUUUGGUCCGUGUACAUCGACAUGGAGGGUGUUCAGCAGAACAUUCCAGCAAUUCGCAACCUUUUCGAGCGCGUUCUUACACUCAAAAUGACCAGUCACAAGGCCAAAUCCUUUUUCAAAAAGUGGCUUGACCUCGAGAAACGUCUUGGAGAUGAUGAAGGCGUCGAGAACGUGAAGCGAAAGGCAGUGGAAUGGACUCAAAAAGCUGCGGCGUCGGAUAACGCAUCAUGA